AUGGGGAACAAAGAGUUGAUAUGUACUGGUGGCUCAUACGCCGAUAUUGUUGUUAUUAUCGGAAGCUUGGACCAGUUACUGAGCACCGAUGUGCUGAACAUGGUGCUCUUUUCACAUGAAACAGUUAUUUCUGAAACGACACAUAUCAUGGAAAUUUUUCGUGGCUCUUUGCGUCCCGAGAAAAGCUCGUCCGCUACUCCGCCGUUUCUCUUCCAAGUGCAAAUACGCAGCGAAAAUGUGUCGCCGUGGCUUAGACUAACCCUCACUGAUACAACCAACACAGCAUUCCGUGUUAUGGUCGAAACUUUCGACUUGUUCUUCAGCAGUCGUAAUGUCCAGAACAUUGAGAUCUCCGAGGUAUACCUUGCGCAUUUUUAUGCUUUCUUAAACCGCACCUAUUGUGUAAGGAUAAUGGAGACGUUUGUAUGUAUGUUUGUGUAUAUAUAUAUAUAUUUAUAUAUAUAUGUGUGUGUGUGUUUGUAG